AUGGCUGCGCUGGCGCUCUCCAGAACCGACACUUUACUCCACAACUUCUUCCAGGAUCGUACCCCGAGCUCCUCUCCAGAGACUGGCCCCAAUCCACUGUCUUUCCUGGCUACCACGUGCAGCCAGGCUUGGCAGGUGAGCAGCAGCGUGGGCACCGAAGGGGCUCAGUUCCCUUAUGAGGGCACAGUAGGGACCACGUCCAGCAUGUUUCAGCUGUGGAGCAAUGAUGUGGCCCCCAAUUCCAGCCUGAGUGCCCAUCAUAUGGCCUUCACCGUGCCCAAGAUGCAGUUCCCCGGCCAUGUCCAGAGUAACCUGGGCUCACAUUCGCACCACCACCAUCACCAUCACCACCACCAUCAUCACCACGAGCUGCCUCUUACCCCUCCAGCCGAUCCUCCUGCUGCUUCAUACUCAUUUGAGGUCUCGCCGGUCAAAAUGCUGUCGUCACAGGCGCAAGGAAACGCUCAGUACUAUGCACAGCACAAUGCUGUUGGUCAGAACUUUCCCAGCUUCCUGCAAAACAAUUCAGCCAGACCACACCUGCCUGGAGGGCACAUCGAAGACAGCCAGCAGUGGUGGAGUCUUCCUCAGAGCAACACCAGCACCUCUAGUCACCCGUUCUCCCUGGGAAGGCAGCUGGUUUUAGGCCACCAGCCUCAGAUUGCUGCUCUGCUGCAAGGCACCUCCAAGAGCCUGCUGAGCUCCACACGCCGCUGCCGCCGCUGUAAGUGCCCGAACUGCCAAACCAUGGGGAACACCACCGGCAGCCUGGAGUUUGGCAAAAAAAGACUGCACAUCUGUCACAUUCCGGAGUGCGGCAAGGUGUACAAGAAGACAUCCCACCUAAAAGCGCACUUGCGCUGGCAUGCAGGUGAGAGGCCUUUCAUUUGCAACUGGCUCUUCUGCGGUAAGAGCUUCACACGUUCUGACGAGCUUCAGAGGCACCUGCGCACACACACUGGCGAGAAGCGAUUCGGCUGCACACAAUGUGGCAAGAGGUUCAUGCGUAGCGAUCACCUCUCCAAGCAUGUCAAGACCCACCAGAGCAGGAAGGGUCGGUCCAGCCAACCCUCUCAUGCUGACCCACAUCUGAGCAACAUUAAGAGGGAGUGA